AUGGUUCGCUCGUCAAAGGGAGGCAUUGCUGACUCCGUCGUCAAGGAAACAUUUCUACAGAAAUAUCUUCCAAAAUACUGGGAUGUUGUUGACCAUGCCGGCAGAGGUGCGCCGAAGGUCUUCGUGCUGCAGGUCGUACUGGCCAAGUGGGUGACGAAGUUUGGCAUGCCUACCGACACGGCGUUUACUUCGCGAUUGUACAAGUGGUUUAGCAAUAAGAACCGGAGGAAAGCUCGUCAGCACACAGGACGACUGGAAGUGGUCAAGUUCAAGGUCUCCACGCGGAAGCCGAGGUCUACCCCGGCGAAGAGCGCAUUUGCUUCAACAUUCGAAUUAGACGAUCUUGCGAUGCAGCGCCGGUUAGACUUAGGUCUUCCGUCGCAAUCGUUCCUCAAGGUAAGGACAGAGAUACUGGAUGAACGGUGGAAAGCAUUGCCUCCGGAAGAACACCCUAAAUACAGCGAGAAGGCGAAACAAAUCGACGAAGAGAAGGCGAAGCGACAAAGUCCUGCGUCGGCUGAUGAUUAUGCAAUGCUGGCAAAGAAAAUGAGUGCGGUCGUAAAUACUUCUAUCAAGGAGUGGCAGAAACACCUUCCUGGUUGGAGUGUCCACCUGAAGAUGGGCGGCACGUUCGGGGUCAAUGGAGGAUUAAAGUCCUGGGAAUUUGACGUACCGUGUUUCGGAGGAAUAAAAUAUCGCCAGUUCACAGAUGGAGAUGGCACAGGUCGAUGGAAGAAGUUCGAUGACCACUUCAUGUCAUACCUCAAGCACCAACACCGAAUUUCUGAGGGUUGGACGAGCGACGAUGCGGGAAAUACGAUGCUUCCCCCAUACCAGAAGACGUGGACCUACGACGAUUUCCUUCAGCGACUGCUUCUCUACUUCGAGCGGCACUGGGAGCACCAGACCAACACGACGACCAUCCCCUGGGACAGUAUCGUCGAGGAUCCUUCUGCUUUCCUUGCGAUAGACCUCCCAGCUGAUUUCAUUUUCAAACGCCCGAGCGAUUAUUCCUUCCCCGAACUGAUCGAACUAUACUCUCAUCUUUCGGUCGCUGAACAAGAGUUACUCGAGGCCCCGGUAAUAUUUUCAAAUGAAGCAGUGCGUUAUACUCGGCGGAAAGGCAACGCAGUCAGUCGUACCAGCGAUAACCUAAAUACGCCGACCACUUCGCCCACAUAUUCUCAUCGCCGACAAUCGGAUUCGCGUUCUUCCGAUACGAGGAAGGUGCGGUCAUUCAGGGCGCAUACGGAGGGCAAGUAG